GAUUUCGAGUCAUAGUUGGGAUUUCUGCAAAACCCUUUUAAAAACCCCCCAACGCCGCCGCCGCCGCAGCCGCACCGCCGGCAUGGCUGGGAUCUCUAAUCGCCUCCUCCAACUCCGCAUUGACCUCCACUUAUACACUCGCCGGCAUCGCUCCUACACCCUCCGCCACUUCUCCUCGUCGCCUAAUUCCUCCGACACUCCUCAACCCGACAGUGGCCCAGGCCGCGAGUCGGAAUCCACCCGAGCUCGGCCAUCGUCAUUUUCCGAUUACUUCAAUGAGGUGAAAGCCAGCCUCCGGAAGGAAUCUCCGACGCAGAACCGGGAGCAGUCGCAGAGGAGACCUUUCUCAUUUCCCGACCGAACGCCUUCCCAAACGCCUCCCUCGAAAACUGCUUCUCUCGAGGAAAUCCGCCGCAAUCUCUCCGAAUUCCGCCUCCGCGCCGCGCCCCCUUCUCCGUCGCCACCAUCUUCCUCCGAUGGCCAAGUUUCGUUGCAAGAGCUCUACAAUAGAAACGUCAAUUCCCAGCCUCGCCUCGGACCUUCCCCCUCCUCCUACACGAAUCCAUCUUCUGCCGCAGGCGUCGAUUCCCCUCCGUCGUUGGACUCAAUACGGGAGACUCUACGUCGCUUGAAAUCGAACGCCCCACCGGAAAGAAGCCAAACUGAUUCCACCGGGAAACCUGGAGAGCGGUUGUCGUUUACAAAUUUCAAGGAGCAUCUCAAGAUGAAACCAGAUGCGAAUGCGAAUACUGGCCUGGGACCCUUAGCUAAUUUCCCCUCAACAUUUUUUAGUAAGGAGGGUUCUGUAGGAUGGGGGCCUGCAUAUGGCUACAAGGAUUUGGGGGAGAAAUUGAAGUCACUGAGGCCAGAGAAGAGAAAAGGGAAGUGGUUUUCGUUGCAGGAGCUCAACGAUCGUCUUGCUAAGUUGAGGGAGAUUGAAAACAAGAAGAGCGAGGAAGGGCUUGGAGUUGCAGUGAAGGACAUUAGAGACAGUCUUAAGAAGAUGAGCAAAUCAAAAGAUGAAAAAGCCAGGCAGGGAACAAUCCAGAGACUUGGUAUUUUGGGAGCCGGCUUGGGAACCCCAAGCUUUAUGCUCUAUCCUCCAAAGGAGGAACUAGUUGAGAAGUUUUUCCAUCCUGACAAUAUGUCCUCUGCUGAGAAACUAAAGUUGGAGCUUCAAAAAGUACGAGAUGAGUUUAAAAUGUCUGAGUCAGAUUGUGGCUCUGCUCGUGUUCAAGUGGCUCAACUGACAACAAAGAUUAAGCAUCUGUCGACUGUUUUAGCAAAAAAGGACAAGCAUUCGCGGAAGGGUCUGCUAGGAAUGGUUCAAAGGAGGAAGAAGCUGCUGAAAUAUCUCCGGCGAACCGACUGGGAUUCCUACUGCCUUGUUCUUUCGAAGCUUGGACUUCGCGACAACCCGGACAUCAAAGCUUAGGCAGGUGCAUUCAUUUUAUUUUGUUUCUUUACUAAUUAAAAGAGAAAGAAAGAAAGAAAACAGAGGAAUUGCUAUUCUGUUACUUCUUAAACCAUGUAUUGUUGGAAUAAUGAGUUUCUGUUUCAAGUUUUCCUAUUUAGUUAUUUGAAGAGUUUUUAUUGCUUA